GCUUUUCCUAAUCGCUGUUUGCUUUGCAUAACGUUUAUACUUCACCGAGUAUAUAAGACAGCAAGCUGAGGAGGUGAAUGUGUGACUAGCCUGAAAAAUGGCAGUUGGGAAGAAAACACUGCUGCUGUCCCUGAUUGUGGCCACCAGUGUCGCAGCUCUUGUAGUUACUGGUGAAAACACAGACCAACCAGAAGUGGUGACGAAAUAUGGGAAAAUCAGAGGGAACCGAGUCACAGUAAAUGCAGCCAAGAGGAGUGUUGAUGUCUUUUUGGGACUCCCCUUUGCUAAGCCUCCGGUUGGACCACUGAGGUUUUCUGAGCCCAAGUCGCCUGAGCCAUGGGAGGGUGUCAGAAAUGCCACUUCCUACCCACCAAUGUGUCCACAGGAUAAAGCACAAGGACAGUUUUUUUCAGACUAUAUUACUAAUCGAAAAGAAAAAGUUCCUCUCGAUAUGUCUGAAGACUGCUUAUACCUAAAUGUGUAUACACCCAGCGGUGCUGAAGAACAGGAGAAGCUACCGGUCUUUGUAUGGAUCCACGGAGGUGGAUUAGUUUUUGGAGCAGCUUCAUCGUAUGACGGUUCAGCAUUAGCAGCCUUUGACAACGUGGUAGUUGUAACAAUUCAGUACAGAUUAGGUAUUCUUGGAUAUUUUAGCACUGGUGAUGAGCAUGCACAGGGCAACUGGGGUUAUUUGGAUCAAGUAGCAGCUCUUCAAUGGAUUCAGGAAAAUAUCAUAAAAUUUGGAGGAAAUCCAGAAUCUGUCACUAUUGCUGGAGAGUCUGCAGGAGGAAUCAGCGUUUCUGCUCUUGUCCUCUCUCCUCUGGCAAAGGGCUUGUUCCAUAAGGCCAUCUCAGAGAGUGGUACCGCGAUCAGGAAUUUGUUCACUGACGAUCCUGAGCAGCAAGCACAGGCAAUUGCUACGGCAGCUGAUUGCCAGACAUCCAGUUCAGCUGCAUUGGUUAAGUGCUUGAGAAACAAAACGGAGAAAGAGAUGGAAGAGAUAACUCUAAAAAUGGAAAUGACAACACUGAGGCUAUGCCGUUCCUCACUUGAAAAAUGUGAACAGGCUCCCUUGUUCAUCAGUGCAUCUGUGGAUGGUGUAUUUCUUCCUAAGACUCCCAAGCAAUUACUAUCUGAAAAAGCAAUUAAUGCAGUCCCAUAUAUAAUUGGUGUAAAUAACUGUGAGUUUGGAUGGAUACUUCCUAAAUUAAUGAAAUUUCCUGAUAUUGCCGAAGGUGUGGACAGAGAUGAAGCACGUUACCUUUUACAGAGCGUCUUAGGAUUGACUUCAAAAAGUGUUACUGCUGAGGUCGUCGAUGUGAUAUAUAAGGAAUACAUAGGGGAUAUAGAGGACCGCAUUAAGGUGCGAGAUGCAUUUCUGGAUGCAUUAGCAGAUGCUUUCUUUGUUUUUUCAGCCAUUGAAGUAGCCAGAUAUCACAGAGAUGCUGGCCACCCAGUCUACUUUUAUGAAUUUCAGCAUCGAUCCAGUUCAACUAUAGGUGUUAUACCACAGUUUGUAAAAGCUGACCAUACAGAUGAGAUUGCCUUUGUCUUUGGAAGGCCAUUUUUAGCUGGAAAUGCUACAGAAGAAGAAGAUAAGCUUAGCCGAACGGUUAUGAGAUACUGGACUAACUUUGCUAGAAAUGGAAAUCCUAAUGGAGAAGGCUUGGAGCACUGGCCUCAGUAUGAUCUGGAUGAGAAAUACCUGGAAAUAGACAUAAAGCAAAAGGAAGCCACGAAAUUGAAAGAACACAAAAUGAAAUUUUGGGAACAGAUGAUGAAACCAACCACAGAAAGGAAAGCAGAGCACACAGAUUUGUAACUGUGACAGGAGAUGUGAUUUGCUUUUAAAAUCUGAAGCAAAGCCAAACCAAAUCAGUUUGUCAGAAUGCAGAAUUUAAUAGUGAGUUAGAAACUGAAUAUUAUGUAAUUUGGUGUCAUGAUCACACUGAUAGGAAAGAAUCAAGGGAAAUCUGGAAAGUUCUUGAGACUAAAAAUCAAUAUUUAAUGAAGGAAGUGGGGAACAUUCAAAACUUUACAAUUCUGGAAGGGGGUUAUGGUAAUGUCUAUUUAUGAUUGAGUAAAAAUGUCCACAUACAAAAUGUUACUGUUGCUUGCUAUUUCCUUGGGUGGUUUUAGCACACUUGCAGUCUCAAAAUACCUGAAGUUCCAUUUCCUGUUUACUGCAAUAAAUGGUCCGUUUGGAGAGCUGCAUACAAUCAACAUAACGCAAGGAAGAGUUGCUUUCUGACCCUUCUGUAUGUUAUGCCUUGGUUAAAUUACACCCAGAAAGUGAAAACUGGACUCAGUUUAUUUCUUCACCCCAAAGGUUUCAGAUCUAAGUUUUCCUGCUUUCUGUAGCUAGACCUGCAUCUUGAGGUUCUCAAGCUUUCAUGGUCUGUCCUGUGGUGUGAUUUUCUGUUCCUUCCUCCCUGGCAAAGAAUUCGCAAUUCAUUGGCCAGAGGAAGGAAGCACUGCUGACAAGGCAGCCACGCAUCAAGGCGGAGCGGAGAGGAAAGAAAAACGUUGUUCAGCGCUGGCUGCUUGCUCAGUGCAUGGGCCCGCAGAGGGAAGGCAGAUGUGAAGUGUUGCAUCAGUGUAGGCACUUAAAGAACUAUGGGGUCAAACCGGGCUCGUCCAGUGUUGGCCAAUUCCCCGCCUGGAGGAUUUUGGCCUACAUACUGUGACAAAGUCUGCCUUAAUGUUUAAUCUCUGUAUUUUCUGUAGAUCUUGGUCUGUUUUGUCAAAUCAGUCUACAUUCUGCUAAACUGCAUUUGGGCAGAGGAGGAACUUGUUUAUAAUCUCAAAUGUAAUUAAACUAUGAUCA